AUGGCGUUUAACCUCGAGAGAUUAGGAAGUCUGCAACUUCAUCAUGAUUCUGGACUAGAAGAAGUGAGAGCGGAAGUUCUUCCGACAUUGUACUCUGACGCUAUGUGGUCGUUGAGCUUGAGUUUGUGCAAGAUGAUCUUGAUUCUCUUCUGCUUCACAGCAGCAACGGCCACCGAGCUUGUUGGUUCUCAACACGCGGCGACCGGAACAACCGAAAAGAGCAGUUCCCAAGAACAUGCCGACGACGCUAUCGUUGUUCGCGAGUGGUUAAAAACUGCGUGCAACGAGGCCGAAGAUUGGGGUCCGAUCCCUCCGAAUGAUUUUUUCCAGCCGGAAUUCGUUCUCGCUUUCACGCGACACGGAGCGAGAAUACCCUGUAGCGGCGGAAACGCGGACAAUGUCCCGGUGGAAUUCACAUGCUGGCAGAACGAUACGGUCCAGUAUGCCUGCACUCCGAGGAAGGCAAGGCUGGAUAUUGAUGUGGGGGAAGCAGCAGCUGACCACACUAGGAGUAUUCUCGAUAAAAAAGGAGCAGGAAAACGAACUUCUAGCACACGCGGCAAUAAUCAAGAUGAAGAUAUUAACUACGAGGAAAAUAUAUCAGUUCUUUCCUCGAAGAACUAUAUGGAAAUACUGUUCGAAAAGGAGCAAAAUUCUUGGCGGGGUACCUGCAGCACAGGGGAACUCACCGAUGCGGGUCUAAGGCAGUGCCGCAACAACGGGCGCCGGCUCGCAGAGGCUUACGGUACAACUUCUGGAACAAGUGGUGUGGACGAUGAUCUUCAUUCUACUACCGGCGAUGAUCGCAGCAGCCUUGAAGUGUCUUUUUUCUCAGACGAAUCCCAGCGGGUGCAAGAGUGCGGGCAGGCGAUGGCUGCGGAGAUGUUGGUUUGGAAAGAACCUGUAAACGCAAAUGGAAUAAAAAACGCCGUUCCAUCAACAUCCGAGGGAGGAAAACGACCGACGCAUGCUGAAGCUGAUGAUUCUCUUUCUCCUGAGGGCCGUGUCAAUAAUAAUCAACACCCCCAAGAAGAAACCCAAGCAACCCGUGUCCUCGUCCCUGCUCGCCCCGCAGCCAACCUGACGUGGCACGUACUCGGCCCGGGUUCCGGGCUGCAGCCGGGGAGGCUGGGGGGUUGCCUGGCGUUCGGUGCGGCGGUGAAAAGUUGGUGGAAGGAGUCCGCGUUUUUGCGGCAAAAGGCCGAGCAGUACCCGGAGUUGCUCCCGCAAUUACGAGCUGUCUUUGGCGACUUCGUCUUGGGCAAGAAGCUCGAUAAUUUUCGCACACUCAGCAAAGUGAUGGACUGCGUGCACGGGCAUUUUUGCAGUACGGUGGUCGACCGCGAAGAGCGGAAGCGCUUUCACGUGCCACUCGCAUUGGAAAAAACGCUCCUGGCGCAGCUCGUCGCUUCCGGCCUCGCGGCGGCCAAGUACGAGGCAUUUUUCGAAGAUCCGCACCUCGCAAAGCUGAGCGCGGGCUACUUCCUCGGGCGGACGGUGUUACCGGGGUUGCGGAGGGAAGUAGUAGAGCGGUUGAAAAGUUCUAAUGACGAGGACCCAAAGGUAAAACAUGACGCUCUCGCUCCGUCUUCCCCUGAGGUAGUGGUGCAACCCUCUUCAAGAAAAGCGACCGCACAUUACAGGAAAAGCUGGCGUGCGAAACGCUUCCACAUCUACGCGGGACACGAUUUUGGUCCGCUUGGGCCGCUGCUGGGUCUGCUGGGUGCGGAGCAGCUCUCGUUCGUGAAGAAGUGGCCCAACUUCGCUUCCUUGCUUGUUUGGGAAUUCGGCGCGGGGAAGGUUCGGCUGGUGUACGACGGAAAAGUGCUGCCGACGAAGGUGUGCGGUCCCACUGGGGUCUGUGCGGCGGAAGAGUUUUUGCAAAAGUUGGAGGCGUUGGUCCCCUCGCGGACGGAAUGCAAUGGCUCGGGUACUAAUUAUGCUUCCGGAGGAUUACGGGUGGAUGACGUAGGGGGGGAGGAAGAGGAGGAUGUCUUGUUCGCUAUCGCUUCCGCUAGUCUUCGUGCGAGCAGGGCCCGUGAGAAUCUCGAGGAAAAUUAUGUUGAAAAUCGAGAGGACAGUCUGGAAAUGCCAUCGAAGAUAAUUGUUGAAAGUGUUGGUGAAAAAAAAGAUGAUCACGAUGGCGCGAAAGGAAGCGAACUGCACCAGCACGAAAUUUUAACCUCCGUACAACAUGGGGGAGUAGCAGCACAGAAACCAGAGCCGCCUCUUGAACCCGGCGGUGCAGAUUCUUCCACUAGUGAUGUCAUUUGGCAAUGA